AAGGGUAGGGGAGAAGGGGGCGCGAUGGGCAAAGUUGAAAACCCCGAGUGUGGGCGUGGGCGUGGGUCUGGGUCUGGUCUGCUACUCACUCCUCAUCUACAGGCAACUGCAAAGUGCUGCUGCUGCUGCCGAUGGAUAACUUUUCUUUUGCUAAAUUAAUAAUUCAUACAAAACACACACACACACGAAAAAAUGCCUCUCUCCGUCCUGCAUCCAUCUUCUCCCUACUGCAACUUCAACUAUCACCCGCCAAAGCCGAAUGCUUAUCAUUCACCGCCCAUCAGCGUAUGCAAGUGCAGAUUCAGGUCCCUCCGAGUUGCUGCUGCUGCUGCUUUAGUUGCAAAUGAAGAUACUGCUUCUACUUUCCCUCUCUUUCAACCCCCUUCUCCUCCCCAACCUACUCCUGCUUCUCAGUUGGAACCGGCGGAUCCUGAUUUCUAUAAGAUAGGAUAUGUUAGGAGCAUGAGAGCUUACGGUAUUGAAUUCAGAGAAGGUCCUGAUGGAUUUGGAGUAUAUGCUUCCAAAGACAUCGAGCCUCUUCGUCGUGCCAGGGUGAUUAUGGAGAUUCCAUUAGAACUUAUGCUAACUAUAAGUCAAAAGCUUCCUUGGAUGUUUUUCCCCGAUAUCAUACCAGUGGGUCAUCCUAUAUUCGACAUUAUCAACUCAACCAAUCCCGAGACGGAUUGGGACCUGAGGUUGGCAUGUCUUCUUUUAUAUGCAUUUGAUUGCGAGGAGGAUAACUUUUGGCAGCUGUAUGGUGACUUUUUACCCAGUGCUGAUGAGUGUACUAGCUUGCUUCUAGCUACAGAGGAGGACCUUUUGGAGUUGCAGGAUCAGGAACUUGCUACAGCCAUGAGAGAACAGCAAAAACGAGCUUUAGAAUUUUGGGAAAAGAAUUGGCACUCGGCCGUACCCCUUAAAGUAAAACGCCUUGCUCGAGAACCGGAGAGAUUCAUGUGGGCAUUGAGUAUGGCACAAUCUCGAUGUAUCAACAAGCAAAUUAGAAUUGGUGCCCUAGUUCAAGAUGCAAAUAUGCUUGUCCCUUAUGCUGAUAUGUUGAACCAUUCUUUCCAGCCAAAUUGUUUUUUCCACUGGCGUUUCAAGGACCGAAUGCUUGAGGUGAUGAUCAAUGCUGGUGAGCGGAUUAGAAAAGGAGAUGAGAUGACGGUCAAUUACAUGAAUGGGCGGAUGAAUAACUUUUUCAUGCAAAGAUAUGGAUUUUCAUCACAAGUAAAUCCCUGGGACGUUAUCCAGUUCUCUGGCGGUGCACGGGUUCAUUUGGAUUCUUUCUUAUCUGUCUUCAACAUAUCUGGCCUUCCUGAGGACUAUUAUCACAAUAGUAAACUGUCUUAUGAUGAGGAUAGCUUUGUUGAUGGGGCGGUCAUUGCUGCUGCAAGAACAUUGCCCACUUGGUCAGAUGGGGACAUCCCUCCCAUACCAAGCAUGGAACGGAAAGCUGCGAAGGAGUUACAAGAAGAAUGCCAGCAGAUGCUUGCAGAAUUUCCCACAACUGCAGGGCAAGAUCAGCAAAUUUUAGAGUCUAGGCCUGAAGCAAGGAGGAGCCUUGAAGCUGCAAUAAAGUAUAGAUUGCACCGCAAAUUGUUCAUAGAGAAGGUUAUCCAGGCGCUGGAUAUCUACCAAGAACGGAUAUUGUUCUGAUCAUGUAUAGUAUCGCAUGGGAAAUGGGUAGUGAUACGAGGUUAUGAGAGCAACUGGAGGGUGCGAGCGUUGCUUGCAUUGGUUCUAAAUGUUGUUAUAAAAGAAACAGAUUUGAGUUGAGCAGGGGAUGAUUUGCAGGAAGAGAGUUUGACUUGGGAGGUUCCCCUAUGAGUCGUGGGCUUAAAUUCAUUUAAAGUACCUUUCUUUAACAAAAUAUGUAUAAUUGUUUCAUUCAUUUAACUUGGAUAAAACUCAAA